AUGACACGACACUACGACAAAGAUGAGGAAAUGAGGAAGAAGACGCGUUUCAUUGAACCCGGCCAAUUCAAAUCGAACUACUCCAUCGUCAUCGGUGGUGACAAUUUCGGAUACGGGUCUUCCCGUGAGCAAUGCCCCGGCGGAGCUGAUAGGAGGAGCAGCAGUGGUGGCCGAAUCUUAUGCGAGGAUUCUUUUCAGGAAAUAUGUGGGGAAUCGAGAAAUUUAUCCAUUGGAGAUUUUCUUCAGGAAUUCUGUGAGGAAUGUAGGACUGGAGAUGUGGUGACAAUUGAGCUCGCAGAUAUUUUGAUCAAUCACUACACUGGGAGAGAGAAUAAGUUGAAGCCCAUUAGGGAUGCGGGCCGGGUAAUUGAAGCUGGUGGGAUUUUCGCUUAUGCCUGA